GCCAGUUUGGGGAGUCAGUUACACAGUGAAUUCUCUACAGAAAAAUACUGCAGACCUUCAACUGGUGUUUUGUAUAUUUUCCUUUUUUAAAAGUGUAUAAAACCAGGCUUGUUAGAAGUGAAGAAGUGAGCAGGUCUGACUACUACACCAUGGAAAUUUUGGAAAUCUUUAAAACAGGGUUUGAUGAAAAUCCGCAAGGAAAAACCCGCCCAUUCAUCAGCCACGUAACAUGCAGGGAGUCUCUGAGGCUGGAACAUAACAAAGACUACUUGAUCUGGGGACUUCGCAACGACUUGUGCCCUAGAAAAGAUGAGCUAUCCUACAUCAUUGGCAAGGACACCUGGAUCGAGAAGUGGCCCAACGAGGACGAAUGCCAGGAGUCGGAUUUCCAGAAACUCUGCCCGGAAUUCCUUGAGUUCUCUGAAGCCAUGACCAUGUUUGGCUGCUCAACCUAAACUUGGACCCAGCUUUCCCAGCAGCUCCAAUGGGACAGUUUGAGCUGAGAUUGAGCAUAACACUCAGGUGGACACAUCUCCACUCAGAGUCCCAAUGCUGCUGACACUUGUCACUAGUCCUGUCCUCUUUGGGGGUUUCACUCUCUUUUCUUCUUAUUGUUUCAAUAUAUAUAAAAGGCUGAUUUGUUACCCAGACAUGCUGUGUGACUUUUUAACAAUCUUUACAUGGUCUGCAUUAUAGUUGUAUAAGUAACCAGCUACUAGGAUCAUGGGUGCACAAGAAACACCUUAAAUUAGAUUAGGAUGGACAAGCAUGAAUGGAUGGCUAGAUAUGCAUGGAUGGAUAUUUGGGAGAGAGUCUUCUGUACCGCUGUGUGCCCAGGAUGACCACACCUCCCGUUUUGGCUGGGACAGUCCCUUUUUUCAGCCCUGUCCUGGCCAU